UAAACUUAACCCAGCCCAAGAACCAAGAGGUAACCCAGGAUCUCCGUGAUGACAAUUUGCCACAAACAGUAAAUUGAAAAUUCCAGCCACUUAUACUUCUUUUUGACUUUCUUCACCAUCAUCUGCAAAAUUUUUAAGCUCAUUUGCAGGAUCCAUGUCAAUAUAAUUGCAGCCUGCAGGCAUAAUCAAGAAAGUAUUUUAACUAGCUUUAAUUUAAUUUUCUGGUGAAUUUUUUGAUUGCACUUUUAGAAAAAAUAUUUUUGCUUUGAUGAUGUCUUGGCCUGGUGGAACCCUUCAAUCGGCCGAAGGAGCAUCAACGAUUUAUUUCCAAACAAGUAAUGGUGAUGAAGUUGAAACAAUUACACAUCAUGAUCAGGAAAUCAUCCAAAUUAGAGAACAAAAUGUUGGUUCUGAACCUACUUCAAAUCAUGACAAUGAGAUGGUGAAUUUGAAGAACUUGUCACGUACUAAACGAAGAAAGUUGAAUUCAAAGGUUUGGAAGGAGUUCAUAAAACAUAAAGAAGAUGGGAAAGAAUGGGUUAUAUGCAAACAUUGUGAGAUGAAGUUUCAUGGUUCAAGCCAAAUAGGAACCACACAUCUGAAAAAUCAUUUAGAAAGAUGCUGUCGAGGUAACAAAAAUCCAGGUGAAGGUGCAGUUGUUGAAACAAAUGAUUUAAUUGCUCCAAUUGUUAUCAAAGAAAAAACUGUGACUGAUCAAGAGGCACGAAUGAUCAUUAAGUAUGGAUUUUCAUCACUGAAGUCCAUAAAGGCCAACAUACUCCAUGUUUACAAAGAAGAGAAGGAAAAACUUCGUGGAUAUCUCAAUCAACUGUCCUGUCAUUUCCAUUUGAAAUUUGAGUUGUGUGAUAUGGAGUCCAUUUUGAUCGUGCUCUACUUUAUUGAUGAUAAUUGGGUAUUGAAACAAAAGAUUAUUGAUUUCGCAUACGAAAGGUGUGAAAGGGAGUCCUCAGAUGUUCUUAAAGGUCUACUUGUGGAUCUAAAUGUUGACAAGAAUAUAUGCUCUACGGUCACAGGUAUUUGUGAAAACAAUUUGGAUCUCUAUUUCAUUAACUUAUGGAUCGGUGAACGAGCUGUACUUCCUUUCAAUGGGCAUUUGUUACCCAUUGAUUGGCUAGUUAAUAAGCUUAAACGGAAUGUUCAGAAUGGACCGAAUUGGAUGGCAGGCUUGCUUAGUGAAAUAAAGAAGUUGUUUAACUACGUCCGUGAGACACUAUCAAAUGAAAAUAAUUUCCGAGUUGCGGUAAAUAAAGCCAAGUCCAUGGGCAAGAGAGUGACUUCUCAAGGCCUUCCUAAGAAGUCGAUUUCGAUGAAUUAG